AUAGAAAACUCCCACACCCAGUCUGGACGCACGUUUAAGAUAGCCGCAGGCUGCAGAGCCCGGACCCGAGGCGAGCUGGGCCGGCCGGCGAUGGCGAGGUCCGGCGGCCAGCAGGAUGACUCGUGGGAGUACAGCCUGCGCAAGUACCUCCUCCUGCUGGCCUCGCUGGUGGCCACCGUGGCGUAUGGCGCGGGGUUCAACCCGCCCGGCGGCGUCUGGCAGGCCGCCGACCCCGCCAAGGGCCGCAUCGCCGGCGACCCCAUCAUCCGGGAGACCAACUACGCCCGCUACCUGGCCUUCUUCUACGGCAACGCCACCGCCUUCGCCUCCUCGCUCGUGGUCAUCGUCCUCAUCCUCAUCCUCUCCAUCCUGCACGACAGGGGCGGGAUCAGCCUGUCCCCGGUGCUCGCCAUCCUCCGCUCCGUCAUGGUGCUCGACCUGCUCAGCCUCAUGGGCGCCUACGCCGCCGGCACGUUCCGGGACGUGCUCACGGCCGUCUACUCCCUCAUCCUGCUCGCCGGCGUCGUCGCCUACCUCGUGGUCCACUUGGCGGUGGCGCCGGGCAAGGGGAGCGCUGGCGAGCCGCCGCCGCCGCCGCCGCCGCCGCCGCCGCAGGAGGAGGAGGAGGAGGAGGAGGGCGGCAGCGCGCCGGAGCAGCGGCGCGCCCGCGGGUCGCCGGAGGAGGGGAGGGCGGCGGACGAGAGCGCGCUGCUGCGGCUCCGCAAGGUGCUGAUGCUGCUGGCCACGUUCGCGGCGAGCGUGACCUUCGCGGCCGGGCUCAGCGCGCCGGGCGGCUUCUGGGACCACGACGAGGGCGGCCACCGCCCCGGCGACGCCGUGCUCAAGGGCGGGCCCCACGACGCGCGCCUCAAGGCCUUCUUCGUCUGCAACACCACCGCGUUCGUCGCGUCCCUGCUCAUCCUCGUCAUGCUGCUGGAGAAGAAGCUCUGCUUCAGCGAGAAGGUGCGGUCGCGCGAGCUCUACGGGCUCAUCGCCGUCACGCUCCUCGGCCUCGUCGCGGCGUACGCCGCCGGCAGCACCCGGGAGGUCGACACCACCGUCUAUGUCACAUCUCUGGUUGGUGCCGUCGUCGGGUGCGUCCUCGUCCAAGUGGUGUUUGUUCGCCUCUUCAGUAAGAAUGCCAGUGGCAGUGAUGGGCAGCAACAGCAAACCCAAGUCCCAGACAAUGGCAAUGGCAGUGAUGAGCAGCAGCAGCAACAAACUCCGCAGACUCCCAAUGGCAAUGGCAGUGAUCAGCACGAGGUCGAAGAGCAACAAACUAAAGCGCUGGAGAAGGCUCGCUCCCUUGUCCUGCUGCUCGCCACUCUCGCAGCGGCCAUCACCUACCAAGCAGGCCUCAACCCGCCGGGCGGGCUCUGGCAGAGCAACGACGACCGCGGCGGCCGCUACAUGGCCGGCGACCCGAUCCUCCUCACCGAGAGCCCGAGGCGGUACAAGGCGUUCUACUACUGCAACUCGAUCGCCUUCGUGGCCUCCCUGGUGGCCAUCAUCCUGGCGAGGAUGAAGACCCUGCACAACCACAACGCGCUGGAGGCCGCCAUGGUGCUGGGCCUGUUCGGCCUCAUCGGCGCGUACGCCGCCGGGAGCUGCCGCGACGUGAGCACCUCCAUCUACGCCGUGGCCCUGGCCGGCGCCGUCCUGGUCUACGUGGUGAUCCACGUCGUGUUCCUGACGCUGGACCACGAGGACGGCAGCCCGGGAGCGCGCUGCGGAGCCUCGCUGGAGAAGGCGAAGAAGGCCGAGGAGUUGCUGGAGAAGAGGCGCAAGCGGCUGCUCCUCUUCGCGAUCCUGGCGGCCACCAUCACCUACCAAGCCGGGCUGACGCCGCCGGGCGGCUUCCUGGUCAACGACGACGGCCGCGCCGGCGACCCCGUCCUGCACAGCAACUACCCGCGCCGGUACACGGCGUUCUUCUACUGCAACUCUGUGAGCUUCAUGCUGUCCAUCGCCCUCAUCAUCCUGCUCGUCAACCCCAACCUGUACCGGCCGGCCAUCCGGAGCAACGCGCUGUCUGUCUGCACGGCGGCCGGCUUGAUCGGCAUCGUGGGUGGCUAUGCCGCCGGCUGCACGCAGCAUCUCAAGACAUCCAUCUACAUCUUCGUGCUGGCGGCUCUGGUUCUCUCCUUUGUGGUUGUGCUGGUUGCGGUGUUCUUUGUGAAGGAUCGGAGAAACAACGGUGCUAGCAACAGCAGCAGCAGAGCUGCAGCUGAGAAUGCCAUGGGAGAAGAAGGGCAGCCACCUGCCCCUGUCGCUGAGGCAGGGCAAGUCCGGGGAGAAAAGAAGGUGAUGCACGCCAAGCGCAAGUACCUGAUGCUGCUGGGGAUCCUCGCGGCGAGCGUGACCUACCAGGCCGGCCUGGCGCCGCCGGGCGGGUCCUGGCAGUCGAACGACGGCGGCGCGCACGCCGCCGGCAACCCGGUGAUGCACGACAACCGGAGGCACCGGUACCUGACCUUCUUCUACAGCAACUCCACCUCCUUCGUGGCGUCCGUCGUGGUCAUCGUCCUCCUGCUGCCGCCGUCGCUGCACGAGCAGCCGUGGUGGCUCGGGGUGAUGAACACCACCAUCGUGCUGGACCUGGUCGGCCUCCUGGUCGCCUACGCCGCCGGGUCCAGCCGGACGUGGAAGACCUCCGUCAAGGUCUCAGCGCUCGUCGCCGCCGUGCUCGCCUAUUUCGCCAUCCAUGUGUUGCUGUCGCGCUUCAGCAGGAGAGGUAAGAGAACUGCUCCGGCGGCCUCUGCCGCUGACCCGAACGAAGAGGCCAACGGUGGGCUUCAGGCACAGGUGGCCCCAGGCCUCGAGCUUUCUGAAGCUAUUUGAGUGUGCAGAAUAAUGUAGAUGCAUGUCUUUGCAUUUCUUUUUUUGGCCCCUUUCAGAUUUUGUAGUCGACGGGAUGUAAGUUGAGCUGUAGAUCAGAUGAGUACCGUCAUGCUAUUAGUUUGGAGCAAGUUGAGGAGAGAAAGAAAAAGCAAUCUCUUUUCUGAUGAAAAUUUUGAAUCCCUACU